AUGAAUGAAAAUAUAAAAGUUUUUUUACGGAUUAAACCAAAUAUCGAAAAUUUUUCUAAACUAAAAGAUGAUGACUGUGCAAUUUAUAAAGUAAAAAAUAAUCAACUACUUUUAUUUGAAAAUAAAAAAAGUUAUAAUGAUAUAAAUGAAAUCAUAACAAAAACUUUUAAUUUUAAUCAUGUUUUCGAUGUUCAUAAUAAUCAAAAUGAUAUUUUUCAAUUAAUUGGAAAAAAUCUCAUAAACAACUUUAUAAAUGGAUAUAAUAGCUCAAUAUUAGCAUAUGGAAAUACAAAUAGUGGCAAGACCUAUACAUUAUAUGGAGAUAGAACCGAUUUAGAUAAUGCAGACGAUAAUGGAUUAAUUUACUACUCUUUAAACUAUUUUUUUCAAUUACAAAACAUAAAUAAGAAUAUCGAAAUUUCUAUAUCCGUUGUAGAAAUUUAUCUGGAAAAAACAAGAGAUCUCGGAAAACUUUUUCAACUAUCUCAAUCACCAACAACUACCGACGAAACAAUUAGUUACUAUUCAAAGUUUCAUGACAAUAAUAUUAGAGAAGACAAAAAAGGAAAUACCUACGUAGAAAACAUUACACUCCUCCCAGUGAAAAAUAUUGAAGACGUUAAAAAUAUUAUCAACUUAUGUUUUAAAUAUAGAAAAACAUAUGCAACAAAAAAAAAUUUGGUCUCCUCUAGGGAAAGAGAAUUUUUCUCUCAGAUUAAUUUCAUUGAUUUAGCUGGCUCCGAAAAAUUUAACGAUAUAAAAAUGGUCAACAAAAAGGAACUCAUCAACAUUAACAACACAUUGUCUGUCUUAAAUAGAGUUAUUAUAUCACUAAGUACCAAAAAUAAAAUAGCCAAAAAUAUAAAUAGAACAAAGUCAAAUGAUAAAUUUAAAAGCGAGGUCGAAAAUUCCUAUAAUGUCCAUAUCCCAUAUAGAGACUCCAAAUUGACAAGGCUUUUAAAAAAUAGCCUUAAUGGAAAUUCAUUCAUGCACAUUUUAAUUUGCUUAAAUCUCAAUUGCCAUAAAAUAGAAGACUUUAUAAAUAGCUUAAUAUUUUCAAAGAGGUGUAAAAUGAUCAAACAAAAAAUAACAAAAAACAAAAUAAGUAGCAAUUCACAAAAUUCAGAUAACAAUAAAAGUAUUUCCUCUGAAGAAGAUUAUGAAAGUUUUGAUUCAAGUUUUGAGAGUCUACAAUUUUUAAAAAAAAACAAUAAUAAUGAUGAUAGGACCAAUGAAAUUAUUACUAAUCCAAAUAAUUAUAUUUAUCAUUUUAAAAAAAAAAAUAUAAAAUUCAAAAUAAUAAACCAUACUAGCGAUAUUAUGAUAAAUAAACUUAUGGAAUUAUUUACAAACAUAAUUAGACAUAAAUAUAAUAACUUAAUUAAAAAAAAAAAUGAUAUAAUUAAUAAUUUAAUCAAAGUUGUUAAGGCAGAAGAAAAUAAUAAAGAACAAUUAAAAAUUAAUCAUAAUUAUUUACUAAAUCUUUUAAAAAAAAAAAAAACAAAAUUAAAUAAAAAUACACAAUAUUUAAACGAUCUCCUAUACGCUAAUCAAAAAGAAUCAAACACUCAAAACGUUCCUACUAUAGCUCAAAAUAAUGAUAAUCAAAAUCUAAAAGACCUGGAAAAACAAAAUACUAUUCCCCUUACUCUAAAUAACUCUAAUCCUGCUUCAUCUAUCCCUUAUCAAAGUGUACAAAAUUAUUCCUCUUAUGUUAAAAUUGAGGAAAACCACUUUUUGCCAAUUUCAAAAAGUUUAUCAAUAAAAGGAACCGAUGGAAUUAUACAAUACGCCAACGCAGCAACAUCACCAAUACACACUAGUACUACCAUUGCCACCUCACCAGUACAUACAACCACUGCCACCUCACCAGUACAUACAACCACUGCCACCUCACCAAUACACACUAGUACUACCAUUGCCACUUCCCCCUCACCAACCACAUCGUACUUAUAUGAAAACAUGAAUCAAAAGAAAAAACAAAUAGAACUAGUUUACACAGAUAUUAGUAAAAUAUUACAAAUGGAAACCAACAAAUUAAACGAUAAAAUUAAUACUAUUUUAAAAUUAAAUUAUUUAAAUGUAAUAUUAUUUAAAAAUAUUCAAGUUUUAGCAAAUAUUUUAAAAAAUGUAUACAAUAAUAAAUAUAGUUUAAUACUAAAAAAUGGGAAAAAAAGUCUAAAUAUUACAAAUUAUGAUUAUGAAAAAUUAAAACAAACAUAUGAUGAAAUUAUUAUAGGUGUGCAGCUAAGUAAUCAUAUCCAAGAUGAAAAUUCUUCUUUAAAAAAUCUUAAUCAAAAUAUUGUUUCGAUAUAUCAACAAAUAAAUGAAAAAUAUAAUCAAAACCUUAUCUCAAAGGAAAUCUGA